AUGUACUCUCUACCAUUCAUUCUCUUGGCCGCAGCCUUGGCAAAAGCAGCUCCCACUUCAACUGAACAAUACCAGGAAACUAUCAGCACUGCCGAUGUUUCAAAAAUUGGCACCCAAGAAGACGUUUUUCCGUACUUGGCAGGAGCUGCUCCACAUUUUGACUACCCGCUAAGCUACGGUAUUCCUAAAGAUGUUCCCGAACAGUGUACUCUGCAGCAGGUGCAAUUGUUCGCCAGACACGGAGAGAGAUACCCAACCAAAAAAGUUGGCUCCAAGAUCCUCGAAACCUACUACAAAAUGACGAAUUAUUCCUCAGGCCUGUCCGGUUCAUUGAGCUUUAUAGACGACGACUACGAGUUCUUCUUGCCAGACUCCAAAAACUUCGAAGAGCUCACGACCUGGAAAAAUACUCUAGACCCCAUCAACCCUUAUACCGGAGAAUGGGAUGCGCAAAAGCAUGCCCGGGAGUUUAUGCACCAGUAUGGUGAGCUACUAGAAAACACGACCUCUCUACCGAUUUUCACUUCCAACUCCAAGAGAGUCCACGACACUGCCAAAUACUUUGGUGCCGCUUUGGGCGACAAGUUCAAUGUCAGCCUUCAGAUUAUUGACGAGGACCCCUCCAGCGGUGCUAACACCCUAACGCCAAUCAAAUCAUGCACUGUUUACAACGAAAGCGAGAAGGCUGAUGUUUAUUCCAAAUUCAGCAGCAAAUACUUGGCCAACAUCGCUGACAGACUGAACAGUGAAAACAAGGGUUUGAACAUGACCAAGUCCGACGCUACUCAUCUGUUUUCCUGGUGCGCUUUCGAAAUCAACGUAAAGGGCUACAGUAACAUGUGUGACGUCUUCACUCCAGAGGAAUUGGCCUAUUAUGCCUACAACGACGACAUGACCAGCUACUACUACCACGGCCCAGGCAAUUCUUUGGGCCCCACUGUUGGUGGUGUGAAUUUCAACGCCUCCUUGCAGUUGUUGAAACAACAUGAUCAACUUGACAAUAAGGUUUGGUUGAGUUUCACUCACGACACCAAUAUCGUUAACUAUCUUGGUGCCAUUGGUAUUUUCGACCCUGGUCACGCAAUGCCCGUCGACUAUGUCCCCAUCAAGGAACACAUCUACCACAAGUCCUGGAUGGUUCCCCAGGGUGCUAGAAUUUACACUCAAGUGUAUCAGUGUUCGAACCAAUCGUACGUUAGAUACGUGGCUAACGAUGGUGUGAUUCCUAUCGAGAAAUGUUCUUCUGGUCCAGGUUUCUCCUGCGAGUUGAACAACUUUGUCGAUUACGCUGAAUCUAGAUUGAAUGCAACCAAUUACGUUUCUGAUUGUAAAAUUAACACCACAAGCAACCAGACCUCGUUGACAUUCUACUGGGACUACGAGCACACCACUUACAAUGCCAGCUUGAUCAAAAAAUGA